AGAAGGGCGUGGCGAUUGGCAAGCGAACAGCCAGGCAGCUGUUGUCCGCGUCUGUCGGAGAGACAGAGAGAGAGAAGCCCUGACUGAUAGCGCCAUCUUGAGGCGGAGGCGAGAGUAUAGGAGGAGGUGCGAGGGUAGGACUGACGUAGACUACGGCGGUUUGACGUAGAGCCUACAGAGAAACAGCCAGUCGGUGGGGCCAGUCCGUGGUGUGUGUGCGCGUGUUUCAGGCUCUGCUCCUUGCUUUACAUCGUCCUGACGGUUUCCUUGCUUCUUCUUUCGCCAUGCCGCCCAAGAGAGACCCAGAGUUGGAGGCCCAGGCUCUCGACUGGAUCGAGGCAAAUCUCGGAGAGCCUUUGGACCGGAAGAAACCAUUCGAUGAUCUUCUGAAGGACGGGAUCAUCCUCUGCAAGUUGAUGAACAAACUGAUGCCCGGAUGUAUCAAGAAGAUCGACACGAAGGGCGGGGGCUUCGCACUGAUGCAGAACAUCGAGCGGUUCCAGGCGGCCGCUAAAGAGUACGGGGUGCCGCCCGCGGAGGUCUUCCAGACGGUUGACCUUUGGGAAAAGAAGAACAUUCCGCAGGUCACCCUGUGUAUCCAUGCGCUGGGCCGCACGGCGCAGACUCGUGACGACUACAAGGGUCCGAUGCUGGGGCCCAAGAUGGCGGAGAAGAACGAGCGGCAGUUCACGGAGGCUCAGAUGCGGGAGGCGCAGAACGUCGUCAGCCUGCAGUACGGCUCCAACAAGGGAGCCAACCAGUCCGGCAUCAACAUGGGCAAACCGCGCAGCAUCUUGGACUGAAGUGUACAAAGGGAGGUCACUCUCCCACAGCGGGGCACAACUCUUGCCCUUGAAUGUGUUUCUGGACACGGACUUUAGGUCGCCUUGGGGUUGGGUGGCUGGGUGGGAGGAUUUCCAGAGUCUGUUAUUGUUUCUUGUCUGUGAGCUUUUUUAAAAAUAACUUUUUUUAAUCAGCAAAAAAAAAAAAAAAUCAUUUCCAACACAUCUAUUUUUUGCUUUAAAAAAGAAUUGUUGAAUCCGUUUUUUCAUGACAUUUUCACUCUCAGUCUCUAAAAAUGUCAAAGGUCAUAAUUAUCGAAGUUGAUUGCUAAACAACAACUCUUGCUGGUUACUAAAAAUAAUAAAUGAGAAGUCAACUCCCUGUCUUGACUCAUUUGCUGUGCUCGAUAAAGUCUUUACAAUUCUUAAAGAUUUUAUUUUUUUGCCAGUUUCUCUAGCACUGAAGUUUUCGGCUCAAUUUUUUUUCCAAAUGUAAAACCAAAAUAGUGGGAUGUGUAGUGCGACCCAUCAGGAGUGCAUGAGAUCCAUGUAGUACACAUGACAAAGACGACUUCCUCGAGACUGAUUAGAGGUCCAUCGUCUGUUUGUGUAAAUUUGAUUCAUAGUGGCUUUUUAUUUCUUUCUGAAAUUGCUAUUACUUAAGGGCAUUUAACACAAGAGAUUGCACAUGAAUCUGAUUAUAGCUCUGUUUGAUGGAAGGAGGAUCAGGGAUGUAAUGGAUGAAUUUGUGGCUCCUCUACAAACUUCCAACUAGCAACCUCUUCUUAUACCGAUAAUAAGAGAGGAUGAUAAAAAUGAAGUAGAAUGAUAUCUGUGUUACAUCUCCAGGUGUAAAGAAAAUUCUGCAGAAGUGUAGCGGAAAUUCGUGCGGUGUCUGUCUGGUAAAAUAUUCAUUCAUAAUAAUAUCAUGAUUUUCAUUAAUUUUGUUUUCGUGUUUUGUUUUGUUCACAAGAUGAGUUUGUAACUGAAUACUUGUUUGAGCAUUCGACCAAAUCGUUUAUUUUUUAUUUCUUUUAUUUUUUUUUUCCAAUUGAUGAACGGUGUAUUAUAAGGUGAAGAUUAUAUUGACUGGAAAACUCAAAAGCAGGUUCCCAUCUAUUUUUUCCCGACACACCCACACCCCUAAGGCAACCUAAGCCCGAGGAACAUCUAGUCAUCCUUUAGUAUCUUUUUUGUGCAUUGGAUUUCAUUUCUUUUUCUUUAAGAUUACUGAUUUCCACCUUCAUGUACUCAUGUCAGUGAUUUGAAGUGGCUGACAUGUUUUAAUACUAAGAUUUAUAUGAUGCACUUAACGCACUUUGCGCGAAACUACACCAGUCUGUAUAGUGCUCAAUAGAGUGUGUUGUAUUGUGGCUGAUGCUGGACAGAACACUUUCUCUUGUGACUAAUACUAAGUAGAACAGACUGCUGUCUAUGUGUGAAUUUUAUUUGCGGACCACGCACAUGAAAACAUUAAGGGGAGAGCAUCAAAUGACAGAGAGAGAGAGAGACCUGAUAAAUGUCAAGAGACAGGAAGUAAAUCUUUACUUACACCAACAAAUAUAAUGAGUAUCCAGGUGCGAUGCUGAGUUUUAUUGUCCGUCCAGAGUUUUAUUGUCCUAGUCCAUAGUUAUUCUGUAAAAACAAAAGUAUGGCCGCCUUCAAACUUGUUGCUCGUCCUUUUGCGAGGUUGUCAUUUGUGACCUGUAAAUGUUUGGUUCUUUCUAUGAGUUUGUGUGACAGCGAAUAUCACAAGCAGGACUUUCACAGAAUGGUAAACUGAUUUCCCUCUAGACAGUUUCAGACAAAGUUCAAACGAGGCUUAUUUUAUUGGGAAGAACAGGUGAUUAACAUGUGUAGUACAACAUUUUGUCUCAUGAAUACAAAACUGUCUAAAAAAAAA